AUGCUUCAGAAUAGUUUACGUUUGUUGUUAAAUAAAACACGUCUGCCACAGCGACAAUUGUAUCAGUUAGUCUCAUUUGAACAGCAGACCAAACAAGUUACAAAUAAAAGGGAAUAUAGCAGCUCUUCCGCGAUAAUGGAGAAAUUUGAUUUGCCACAAAGAUUACAGGGUAGUGCUCCAAGUGUUUGGAAUGAAUACAUUGCCCUGGCCAUGGAAUAUAAACCCUUGAAUUUGGGUCAAGGUUUUCCUGAUGAUGCCGCACCGGAAUAUGUCACUAAAGCUUUGGCAGAAAUUGCCAAAGACGAGAAUCCUUUGUUGCAGCAAUAUACCCGCGGUUUUGGCCACAUGCGUUUGGUACAAGCCAUUGCAAAAUUGUAUUCCAAGCUGUUGCAACGUGAAAUAAAUCCUUUGAAUGAAGUCUUGAUUACUGCUGGUGCUUAUGAGGCUCUAUAUUCGGCCAUUAUGGGCCAUGUUGAUGUUGGCGAUGAGGUUAUAAUUAUUGAACCAUUCUUCGACUGCUACCAUCCCAUGGUGAAAAUGGCUGGUGGUGUAUCCAGAUUUAUACCUUUGAAACCGACCAAAACCGAGGGCACAAUUUCCUCAGCCGAUUGGGUACUCGACGAAGAGGAGCUCAAGAAAAUGUUUAACUCCAAAACAAAAAUGAUUAUCUUAAAUACCCCACAUAAUCCCAUUGGCAAGGUAUUCAACCAAAAGGAAUUAGAACUCAUUGCUGAUUUGUGUAAAAAAUGGAAUGUACUUUGUCUGUCGGAUGAAGUCUACGAAUGGAUGGUAUUUGAUGGUAAUAAACAUAUUCGCAUUUGUACAUUACCCGAUAUGUGGGAGCGUACGAUAACAAUUGGUUCGGCUGGUAAGACAUUUUCUGUGACGGGUUGGAAAACCGGCUGGGCAUAUGGUCCAGCAAAUUUAAUACGUAAUCUCCAAAUGGUACAUCAAAAUUCUGUGUAUACUUGUGCAACGCCUCUGCAAGAAGCAGUUGCUCGUGGUUUUGAAUUGGAAAUGACACGUUUGGAUAGCCCUGAUUGUUUCUUCAAUAGCCUGCCAAGGGAGUUGCAGGUUAAACGUGAUUUUAUGGCGAAGUUUUUGCAAGAUGCUGGUAUGAAACCAACUAUACCUGAGGGUGGUUAUUUCAUGUUGGCCGAUUGGACUAAUUUGGAAAAGAAAAUCAACAUCAACUCGGAACCAGAUCAAUAUCGUGAUUAUAAAUUCACCAAAUGGAUGACCAAAAAUAUGGGUUUGCAGGGCAUUCCCCCCAGUGCCUUUUACAGCGAUGAACACAAACAUUUGGGCGAGGAUUUUGUACGCUAUUGCUUCAUCAAGAAACAGGCCAAUUUGGAAAAGGCUUCUGAAUUAUUGGAAAAAUUAAAAAAUAAUUAAAAAUAU